AUGGCAACGGGGCUUUUCAGCGUGCCGAUCUUCUUCAACAUCACCCCUGGGCCCGUGGUACUUCGGGAGGAGCUUGGACGAAAGACCAGGAGCACCAACAGCCGGGACCCUGGAGCAGCAACAGCACCACCUGAUGACCCUGAGCAGCAACAGUGCCAGGCGCACCCGUUUCUUCCAAAUCUGGAUACCUCGGCCGCUCUUGAGCAUGUCCUGACGACGGCCCCCCGUGGUCGGUCUCCGACCCUGGGCGACGGCUGGCGAAGGCAGCGGUUACUGUCGACACUGGUCCUCCUGCUGCUGCUCUGCGGGGCAGUACCGGUGGCCAGAUGCGCCGAGGCGACCGCAGGCGAAGCGGCGCGGGGCUGUUCCACCGCUGCUGGCGGCGGCGAGACAGACGACGGCGGCAGGUCCGAGUUCCCGCUCGACGUCUUCAGCCAGCAACAGAGGCAGCGGGGCUGGGUGGUGCUGCACUUCGCGGGGACCGCGUACGCACUGGCACUGCUCGCCAUUGUCUGCCAGAAGUACUUCGUCCCGUCCCUGGAGGUCAUGGCCGACUACUUCCGAGUUCCCACUGACGUUGCCGGAGCAACCUUCAUGGCCAUGGGCACAUCGGCACCCGAACUGUUUUCUUCUGUCUUCGGUCUAUUUGUGAGUGAAGGCGACAUCGGAGUGAGCACAGUACUGGGUUCAGCAGUCUUCAACAUCGUUGGAGUCACCGGUGUUAUCGGACUCAUCAUUUGGAAAAAGACAGUGGACAUCAGUUGGUACCCGGUGACCAGAGACUGCAUCAUGUUCGCCAUCACUGUCCUGGCCCUGGUGGUUUUCGUCUGGGAUAACAGCGUCGCUUGGUGGGAAGCUUUGAUCAUGUUGCUCAUGUUCAUCCUGUACAUAGUCUACAUGUCAUUCGACUCGCACAUCUCCAAGUGGUCUCAACGAAAGGUUGACAAACUAAAGAUGUUUCGACGGCUUACUUCAAUCUCUACCGCAACACUGAAGCCUGCGAAUGAAAACACACCGCUGUUGGCAACGCAGACAAUUGUAUACGUGGAGCAGUGCCGAGAGAAAGAAGACAGCUCGGGAAGCGACACUCUUCUCGGUAGCUCCUCGGUGUCUGAAAACGAGAACGUCCUUCUGAGCGGUCACGUGCGGAAGCUGGAAACAGGAGAUACGUGCGGUGCUUGGUCGAUGCCAUCCGAUGGCUCUCUGCGUCUGCUAGGCUGGCUCCUAGUGUGGCCCGGACUGCUGCUGAUGGGCCUCACCAUCCCGGACUGCCGUCAGCCACACUUCCGCAAGUGGUUCCCCGUCACUUUUGUGGUAGCCAUCAUCUGGGUCGGGCUGCUCUCCUACUUCAGCGUCUGGAUGGUUACUGUGAUCGGAGACACCUUUGCAAUUCCGGAGACCAUUUCAGGAAUCACACUUCUGGCUAUCGGCACGAGUAUGCCGGAGGCGAUAACUAGCGUCAUCGUUGCCAGAAACGGGCUGGGCAACAUGGCCCUGUGCAACCUGCUGGGCAGCAACGUCUUUGACAUCCUCUUCUGCCUGGGCGCACCGUGGUUGGUCAAGGCGGCCUUCUUCUCGCCCGAUCAGCACAGAGUGCUCUUCAGCAGCGCCGGCGUCAGCUUCAGCGCCGCUGUACUUCUGACGCUUGUUCUGCUGCUCUACCUAUUCCUGGCAGGGUUCAGCUGGAAGCUCGACCUUCGCAUCGGAAUCGCGUGUUCGCUGCUGUACGCCGCGUACAUCGUGUUCGCCUGCAUGUACGAGAUGAAUGUGUUUGGCGUCGUCAACACCUUCGUGUGCUUGUAGAGGCUACGCAUACCCGUCGAAAUGUGCAUAGUAUAUAGCAUGUAUUCUAAUCGGCAGUUUACGCUGACGCCUUUGAAAAGGGCAGUAUAUAUGAAUGCCAGGCCACAGUCUCGAGUGCAGUAUUACCAUGUACUUCUAUUUGACGCGGGGGCCAGGUGGCUUAUCAAAGGAGGAAAGCGAAGCAGGGGGAUGGGGGAUGAAGGCAGCGAUCUACAGAGAACAUAAGAUGAUAGGCUGACGUGGUAAGCAGUGUUUCGGUUUGAGUAUUCUGCUAUCCGCAACGAAACCGUUAUCAAGUUUAUCCAGCGUGGUGCAGUGCGCCGUUCUUUGCACACUGUAAUCAGAACAUCGCAAUCGCGAAUGUGUUUGUUAAUGUGUUCGGACCGCACAGUGUUACGUUUGCGGGUGCAUAGGCGCGGGGACAAGGGAAAUGUUUCGGUGUCAGUGCACUACGUGAAAUUCUUGCAUUCCAUGUCAGCACUUAUCCGAGAAACCGUAGCGAAGCGUUCAACACUCCUUCCCCCCCCCCCAAUUGAAGUCGCGUGGAUUCUUAUAAUACAAUAUAGCACCCUAAUGUAUAAGAGUUACAGUAGAGUGGUAUUUUAACUUCAUGGUCAUCAUCACGAACAUAGUGGAUGGUGCAUUGCCCGCCUGCUUUCACGAAUGUCGUUUAUAUUGUUUAGUUUAAAUUGAGAACGUAUAUAUUUAAAACAUUAUUUUUGCUAAUUUCGUGGAAUUAGAUGAUUUACUAGAAGAAAUAAUUAAUGUGAAAGAUCCUGUUUGUCUUUUUGUUGCUGUUAAUGUCGUGCUGAAACGCCGGCGCCUGUAUAAGCCAGUUGGAAUUCAUGAGUUUCAAUGUAUUUUAUCGUACUUGUGCCGUUGUGGUUCAGUAAAUGUUCUUAAAACUUGC